CUUGAGGUCGCCCUUUUCCAAUAUGGCGGCGGUCUUGAAGCUUGAAAGUGCAAUUUCCAUUGAAAGAAUUGGUAUUUUCGAGAGUUCAGAUAAUCUCAUGAUGGUACUUUGAGGUGGUCGAGCAACAAGACAAAUAUGUCGAGGCACAGAAAUAUUCGCAAUCGAAAUUUCGAUGACGAGUAUGCAGGAUAUGACGAUAUCUACGGUCAUUCUGUGGAAGAUGACUCCUAUGGUAUAUCCCCAUCGACAGCGGAUGAGUUCUUAUACCAUAGAAGUCAUCAAGAUCACAGUCUGUCCUCAUUCAUGACAAGUCAUAACUCCAUUCAGGAAGACGACGAAGAUAACAGUGAUAACGAAAACCCACUCAGUGAUUCCAAAGAUUAUCAGAAACCCAAAUUAAAUUCUGUAGAUGAAGCAAAACUACAAUCAUGUCUUGAGGAAAUCCGUAAUAUUGUUGGAGACACUAUCCCAGAGCAUGUCCUGAUUGAUGUCAUCAUACAGUACAACUUCAACUUUGAAAGGUCCCUGGAUGCCAUUUUGAACCAAACUGAGUCACCUAGGGGAGCUGCACCACCUAGAGCAGCAGCUAAUUUUGCUGCUCCUUUCACAAAAAGAAAAACAGCAGGAACAACAACGCAUGACAGUGUGUCUACCAAACAUGCUGACAAGCCGAGUGAUGUCUCGAGGAUUUCAUCUGAUGAAGACCAAGCCAGCCAAGGAGCUACGCGGUUGUCUUUCCCGGCCCGUUCUGAACCAAUGUUUCGGAUAGGAGGGGAUGAACCUUCACAUACAAGGGAAUCGGACAAGCUGCCUGACAAUGCUACCUCUACUAGUGUCACAUUGACAUCAGGUACAGAGGGAGGCACUACCAGUAUUCCGCACUCUAGCAGCUCAACUAAUCUACCAAGAAUAUCUUCAAAGGCAAGACUGCCUACUAUAGAUGUUAUGGCGGAAUACGAGAAGCGACAGAGCAAUGGAAAAGAUUUACUCAAUCUUGUAGUGAUAGGCCAUGUUGAUGCUGGCAAAUCCACUCUUAUGGGUCACUUAUUAUAUUUACUGGGAAACGUGAAUAAGAAAACAAUGCAUAAAUACGAACAGGAAUCCAAGAAAGCUGGCAAAGCGUCAUUUGCAUAUGCGUGGGUCUUGGAUGAAACUGGUGAAGAAAGAGAAAGGGGGAUUACAAUGGAUGUCGGAUUAACUAAUUUUGAAACUCCGCAAAAACUAGUUACGUUAUUAGAUGCACCGGGUCACAAAGAUUUUAUACCAAAUAUGAUUACAGGAGCUGCCCAGGCUGAUGUUGCCACCUUAGUUGUGGAUGCAAGCCGUGGAGAAUUUGAAGCAGGGUUUGAUGCCGGUGGACAAACAAGAGAACAUGCCUUAUUGGUUCGGUCGCUCGGUGUUACGCAGUUAGUGAUAGCUGUUAAUAAACUAGAUAAUGUUGAUUGGUCCCAUGCUAGGUAUGAAGAAAUCGUGUCUAAAUUGGGUCACUUUUUAAAGCAAGCAGGUUUUAAGGACUCUGAGGUGUCUUAUAUUCCCUGUAGUGGACUUACAGGUGAAAAUCUAGUGCUGCCACCCAAAGAAAGUAAACUCAAAUCAUGGUACAAUGGAUGUACUUUAGUGCAACAGAUUGAUAAGUUGAAACCACCAAAGAGACCUCUUGACAAACCUUUCAGGUUAUGUGUUUCAGACAUUUUUAAAGGAAUGGGUUCUGGUUUCAGUGUAACUGGUAAAAUAGUUUCUGGUAAUGUCCAAAGUGGUGAUAAAAUACUGGUUAUGCCAGCUGCUGAGCAAGGUUACGUUAAAACUGUAUUUAUUCAUGAUGAAGACACAAAAUGGGCGUGUGCAGGUGAUCAGGCCGUUUUGACUGUCACUGGUAUUGAUCAGAUGAAAGUCAAUGUUGGUAGUGUACUGUGUUCACCUGUUGAGCACAUCAGGUCAACCAAUAGAGUGCAGGCUAGAGUUAUUAUCUUCAACAUUGAAGUGCCAAUUACUAGGGGAUAUCCUGUUGUGUUUCACUAUCAGACUUUGAGUGAGCCGGCUACUGUCAAAAAACUCGUCAGUUUACUUCAUAAAAGUACUGGAGAGAUCAUCAAAAAGAAACCCAGGUAA